AUGGCUUCGAAUUUGACAACGUCAAUCCUUCCGCACACGAUCGUUCUAGACUAUGCACAGGCAGUGCUAGAGACGGAUCAAUGGCUCAGAGCUGCAAAAUCCCACAUUUCAACACACCCUUCGGCUGUGAGCCUUGCCAUCAUAUCGGGGAUAGUCAUAUAUGUCAUCUGGUCAAGUACAGCACGUUACUUGCGCCUUAGUGCGUUCCAUGGCCCACCAUGGGCGGCAUUUACACGCCUAUGGCUGUGCAAAACAAUAGCUUCCGGCGAAUCCGCAAGUCGAUUUAUAAAUGUCAACCAGCAAUAUGGUCCCGUUGCUCGAAUUGGGCCGAACCACCUCCUUACCGAUGAUCCAGAAUUUAUACGCAAGAUUCUCGCAGCCCGAUCGCAUUAUACCCGUGGACCAUGGUUUGACUCCAUUAGGAUUGACCUUGAGGUGCCGAAUAUAGUAUCUGAAAGACAUCCAGGUCGACAUAAUCACCUACGACAUCAAAUGUCUGGGGCAUACGCAGGACGGGACGUGGAGGGGCUAGAAGACAUGAUUGAUGAGCGUAUCCAGGAUUUUGUCGAUGUGAUUGAGCGGAAAUGGCUCUCUGAUGAUAAUGGGACAAAUGCAUUUGACAUUGCCAAACGGGUCCAGUUCCUGGCUGUCGAUAUGAUCACACACAUUUGCUUUGGAAAGCCAAUGGGAUUUGUGAAGACAGAUAGCGACGUGUCCAACUUUCUGAAAACAAUCGAAUCACAACUACCCAUCGUUCAACAUUUCUCGGUCAUUAUCGAAAUCAACGAUCUGUUGCACUGGUUAGUGGGACUUCCUUUCAUGAGAAGGCUCAUAGUACCUUCAUCUCAGGAUAAAAGUGGAAUUGGUAUAAUCAUGGGGAUCACUCGUAAUGAAGUCGAGAAGAGACAACAGUCCAAGAGUGAACCGAAGAAGGACAUGCUCACAUCUUUUAUGAAGCAUGGACUUUCUCCAAGUGAGGCAGAAACAGAGUUAAUUAUAUCCUUGGCAACCUUACUUGCUGUAGCGUCCAAUCCACGAGUAUAUGCCCGGCUGACCAAGGAAAUCGACGAAGCAGAAGCCAGUGGGAAGAUAUCCUCGCCGAUUCGAGACCAGGAAGCGCGUCGCUUACCAUAUCUCCAGGCCUGUAUAAAGGAAGGUCUUCGUUGUUUCCCACCUGUAGCUCAGUUGCGCGAACGCAUGGUUCCUGCUGGAGGAGAUACAUACAAUGGACAGCAUAUCCCUGAAGGCACAUUCAUCGGCUUGAAUACCUGGGGCGUUCAGCUAAAUCCAGUGUUUGGUAAUGAUCCUCGGGUGUUCCGGCCUGAACGUUGGUUAAUUCACGACGAAGCGCGCCUACAAGAGAUGUCACGAGUCCAGGAGCUCAUUUUUGGACACGGCACAACACGGUGCCUGGGUAUCCCCAUCGCCAUGAUGAACCUGAACAAAGUAUUUCCGGAAGUAUGUCCUAUAUCAAUAUCCAGGUAUAUAUAA